AUGUGGAGAACUUUUUUUCCUAUUGCCCGGGAUCAGCACUGGUUUACUUUCCUUGUUUGCUUGAAGGAGAGGGCAUUCGCAUUUCUUGAUUCUGCUUAUGGGCCAAAGUCUCAUUUUCACAAGGAAGUUCGUGAUGCAAUGAUUGAAAAUUUCAUAAGCAUCUGGGAUCAGGUUGUGACUCCUGUCAUGCGCACUCGUAUCGACUUUGAAAAUUUUGAUAUUGUGUACCCUAGUGUACCUCAGCAAGAUAAUCGCCAUGAUUGUGGUGUUUUCUCUAUCAUGUAUCUGAAGUAUUGGACUCCCAGGACCCCAAUUGGAAAUAUGUUUGGUCCUGCUGAUAUCGACAACAUAAGAAUCAGAUUGGCUAAGGAGUUGUAUUUCAGUACAUUCAACAGCAUUGACAAGACUUUUGUUACAGACUUCUUUGGUGAUGUCAAGGCUUAG